CUGAUAAACCCCACUGAAGAAGAAGAAACCUCGUUGUAACAAAAUAUUUCGCGCGCUAUCGCUUACUUGGCUGACACAAUCGUAGGUGCAAUUGAAGUUGCCCACGGCAAAAUCUUUCAAUAUGGCAGUUUUCGAGUCACCAAAACCCAGAAUAAACUAUUCUAUGCUGUCUCAAUAUAUCAGUAUGCCGAUUUGCUUCGUUGGACGUGUUGAGAAGGUCCAUCCAACAGGAAAAUCAUUCACUCUUUCGGACGGAGAAGGGAAGUCUGCGUCAGUGGAACUCAACGAGCCCCUUGAUGAGGAGCUGAGUGGGGUGGUGGAGGUAGUUGGUGUGGUGUCCAACAAAGGGGCAAUAAUGGCCUCUGCAUACAACAUGCUCAGAGAAGACAAAGGCAUGCCUUUCGACCUGGAGCUGUACAAUGAAGCCCUGAAAGUCAUCCACGAUUUCCCCCAGCACUAUCAAUUUGAAAUAGCCACCAGUGGAUGAGCACUUUGCACUUAUUCAUUCCUUCCUAAAGAUCAUUGUCAACGUGAACCUCAUUUGUCUUGCCUUUUUUUUAUUUAUAUACCCCGAUAUGAGUUCUAAAUAGAUAUGUACAGUUUUUUAUAUUUUUCUUCGUUUAGAAAAUAAAAGCCUUUUAACUUG